AUGGUGAAGCGCAGCUUCGAAGAAGUGGCGAUCAGCUUGAUUCGCCUCGGAUCACCCAAGGUUUUCGUCCUUUGCAUUUUGCUGCUGUUAUGGAACGAAAGCAUUGACUUCGACAAGGAUAUCGAUCUCGCGGAGCUCUUCAGUGGAUCCGGAACCCUCUCCAAGGAGUUCUAUUAUGAGGGUAAGGAGGUGGUCGCAUGUGAUUUGAAAUAUGGCCGGGGCAUGGAUAUAUGUCAAUCCUCUGGAUUCGGGACAUUCUGUUCAGCGGUUCUAUGUGGUCGGCCGAAUAGCUGUGUAUGGCUUGGUGUUCUUUGCAGCUCCUGGGUUUCUAUCUCCCGCCCGUCAACAAGAAGAUCAUAUGCUAAUCCCGAAGGCUUUGAAGGCUACGAGAAGGUGAGAACGGCUAACCUGAUGGCCGCAAGGUCGGCCUUUCUAUGCCUUCUGGCUGCAGCUUUGGGUCAAUGGUGGGUGAUCGAGCAGCCCAGAACAUCCUUGCUUUUGCAGAGUCAACGCUUCAAAUGGCUUCGGGACAAACUACAGGUUUAUCGUCUGGAUCUGUGGAUGGCUUUGUUCGGCUCCAGAACGCCAAAGCGCAGCAGCCUCUGGAGCAACUCGAGGGUCAUUAGUCUUUUCUUCAGCAGUAGAAAGCUGCAACGCAGCUUACAAGAUCCUACCUUCAAGACUACAAAGCGGUAUGUCAACGAGAAGGGGAAGCAGUGCUUCGAGGGCAAUCGCAACUUGACAGACACUGGGAUCUACACUCGCCAAUUUGCGAGGAGAGCAUUCGAGGUUAUGCAGCUGGGAGAGUCUGUUCUACCGAAGUCUGAAUUCUUUGUGGGAGACAAGAAGCCAAACCAAGCUAUAUUGCUUUUCCAAGCAAUGGAUGACAGCGAUAAUUGUGAGGAUGCCGGUUUGAUCGCAGUCGCACAUUACCUUCGAGGAUGCAAAGCACUGUGUAUCCCAGAGGAAUGGAGAGCAGUACUUCCUAAGAGGCUGUAG